AUAGGACAGUAUAGAAUAGUUUGUUAGUUGUGUUGACUGUGAGAGAGUGUUCCUCCUUGGUGUUGUGUAUUUGAGAAAGGCAAGCAGGCGACGAACGGAAUCGUCGUGAGCUCGUGGUCGUGUUUCUCAUGGUGUCGUUGGUGUACAGUAUUAUCAUGUGUACGUAGUACACACAUACCUAUACUUUAAUCCGUACCUAUAAAUGUAUCUAAUACAGAUAGUAGUUAUGAAAGUAUAGGUGUUUGUCAGUGUGAUCAUCGACAGUAAAUAUACAUGUAGAUAGUACAACUAUACACUGUUAGUGCUUCUGACAAUGAGCGGCCACGGUGACUGUGAUAAGUGAACCUCCGCCGCGUAAACCUCUCGCCUGCUGCUGCUGCUGGUUACUGUGUUGCUGCAACAAAAACUGUGCAGUGGAGAAGAUAAUAAAUAAUAAUAAAAUAGUAUUGUUAUUAUAUAUAAUAAUUAUUUAUUAAAGAAACCAGGGGCGGGUGCGAGUUAAUCCAUUAAUGACUCGUAUUUUAUGAUAAAUAACCGUGAGGUGGACCGCAAACAACACCAGACGUUAUUUUAUUAUAAUUAUGUUCAAUGUACCGCCCAAGUUCUACGAGCUGUGUCGUCUUUGUUUAUCGUCGGACGGUGUCAAGUUGCCCAUAUUCGAGGAUGAAGGCGCCCAGCGUAAUUUUCCAGAUAAAAUUUUGGCGUGUUUGUCGAUAGCGGUAAAAGAUGGAGACUCACUACCACCAAUCAUAUGUCACAGAUGUGUUUACAAAUUAGAUGUUUUACACAAUUUUCGUGAAGUAUCACGAAAAUCAGACGUUAUACUCAAACAGUACCUGGAUUAUGCCAAGCAAUUGUCAUCACCUGACAAUGAGGAUAAGUCUAUCUCCACUGCCAAAAUAGCCGAUUUGAGUCCUCUACAAUCGUUUUUACAAUUAAAUAAAACGCUAUUUAGUGAUGAGUCAAAUUCACCCGCCAGCAUUAAUCAAAAUGUGAUACCUCAGACGCAAACGCACCAUUUAGAAUUGCGAGCUAAUGAAAUGAUGAAGCAGGAUAGUAAUGUUAAAUGUGAACCAGAAGACGACACAUAUUCAAAUAGUUCUGAUCCAGAUAGACUGGAAAUUGAAGACCGCGAAGAUCAUGAUACAGACGCUGAGGAAAAUGGCUAUGACAUGACUGUGAGAAAACGAGGGAGAGUGGAUAGCAGUAAUAAUGAAAGUAGUUCCAAACGCAGUUCACCAAAUCCAAGUCCGGUUAACAGGAUGGAUACACCCGAGAGUAAUUGUUCGGAAACACACAUCGAUCAGGAAACAACAAAAUUAUGGCAAGCAUUAGCAAACAAUCGAAAUUUAGAGAUAACACGAAGUAAUGGUGACAAAGUCAAUAAUGGUUUCACUGGUGAAGCUACAAAUUUACUACGUUCUCUUAUCAACAAUCGACAGAUUGGUAUCACCGCCGUAGAUACAGGUAGAAUAUCGCCACAAGUAAGGUUUUACCGAGAUACCCAAGGGACGACAAUUGAACGAACAGAUUGUUCAAUUCGUGGAAACCGUCCUAUGCAGUCUCUCGAAAAUAAAAGUGCAUCUAUGGAUAGUAAUCCGUCCAGUCCGGCGAGUGUCGGGCGUAAAGAAACAAAGGGCAGAAGGAAACAAAGUUACCCAAGUAAAGCACCGACCAGUCCUGAUGUUUUAAGUUAUCAUCAUGAAUCCGAAGAACAAGCGCAGGAUUUUACCUCAUGGAAUAAGAUAACUGAUAAGAUCGAUGAACAACGUCAGUCGUUUGAUCAACAAGCCAGUAAUAUGACAAAAAAAGUCGACAUGUCGUGUACAAAUUGUGGUACCAUGACGACGACUAUUUGGCGGCGUAAUAUGAAGGGUGAAAUGGUUUGCAAUGCCUGUGGACUUUAUUACAAACUUCACGGUGUAAACAGACCGGUAACCAUGCGAAGGGACACAAUACAUACUCGUAGACGCAGACCUAAAGGCGAAAAACCUACGAGGCAUCGAAAAAAAGAAUCAGCCAUACCUGCUUUACAAUCAGAACAAAUGGACGCCGAGAGUGCUGACAUGCUGGCAGCUUUACGCCGGCAAAUUCAGCCGCAUUUGAUGAUGGCUGCAUUGUCACCGCAAAAUUUGUCGGGUGCCCAUCCACCAGCGUCUGCAGCAGCAGCUCAACUUAAUUACCCUCUACCACUAUCAACUUACAUGAUGCACGUGAGUACGCCGCACAUGUAUUCAGUAGAUCUAGUUAGUCGCGUGACACGUGAUGGUACUACCGGUGGUGGUACAAAAGCAAGUGACGUCAUAAACUUUGCACAGCAUAUGAAAACUGAGCCGAGAGAACGUAGUAGUACGUCGGAUGACGCUGACGACGGUGAUGAAGAUAAUGUUUCCGAUGUACCAUUGAACCUGGUAGCAACUUCACUAUCGGAAGAGGCACACUGAUAACAGCAAGCUCUGCUGACAGCAGCUUAAUAAUUAUCUAUUCCAACAACGCUGGUACUCACUACCGUUUAUUAUUAUUGUUAUUAUUAUCAUUACACAUUAAUGAUAAUAAAUGAUUAAUUGAUGAAUCAAGAAUCUCAUACUUAAAAGGAUUAAUAACACAAGCAGCAACAAAAUGAUCUGAUGGUAACACAGUGUGUUACAAUUUACUUUAUUUAUAUCUUUAAUUGGCCUCUCUUAAAUUUUAAACAUCUGAUUAGCUCUCUUAUUUGAUAUUUAUAUAUGUUAAAUGCCUUUACAUAUCGUUUUGUUAUUGUUUUUAACUCCAAAAUGCUCUCUACGCUUUGGAUUUCUCAAGGUUUUUAUUUUUGAGAAAUUUUAAAAUGGUAUUAUAUUAUUAAUUAUUAUUAUUAUUCUAAUAUUAUAUUAUUAAUUAUUAUUAUUGUGUAUCAAGAGACGGAAAAAUUAUUCACGUGUUAAUUAAUAACACAGACGUUUUCACCGUCUUAAUCACCUGAUUCCGAGUUAAUUGGCCCGUGGUAAGAAGCGCCCAGUUAUUGUUAUUAACGAAUUAAUAAUAAUAGAUUAUUGAUAUUAAAAUUACAGUAUUAUACUCGUCGGAUAUUAAAGUCGCGGUGAAUAUUAUAAAUAUACCAAUUUAUAAUAUUUAUAUUUUUAUAAUAAACUUUUCUAUGGACUAGUGUUUGCAAUUAAAAAUCAUAUAAACAUGCGCGCAAAUGAUCAAAGUAAUUGAUAUUAUUAAAAAUUUAUGAAUUUAUGGUGGCCUUUUAAAAAUUCAUUUUAAUAUUAUAUUUUUAAAAAACUUAAAUAAACAGAUAAAUGUGUUAUUUUUAGUAGAUCUUUUGAUCUGAUAUAAAUUUACUGAUUGAGCAAAUUUUAUAUUUACGUAAUAUAAAAAAAAAAAAAAAAAAAAAGUAAUAAAGUUAUUUACUAUUAUACAGUAUAAUAUCGAAGAGAUUUAAAAAAUUUUGUUUUUAUCCACGGGCUAUUUAGCUGAGCUAUUAUUAAUUAAUGUAUAUUGUCAACCAACAUAAUACUCUUAUUUUUAAAAAAACGUCGUUAUGUAUUGAAUUUAUUUUAAUUUCAAUUUCAUUCAUAAUUAGUGAUUUAAUGACUCGUUUUUCAGUUUGAAAAAUAAUGAUACUUGUAAAUCAAAGUAAUUGAUAUUUAAAAAAAAAUUUGUAAAUUAUUUGACAAUACUCACAUUUUUUUCAAUUAAUUUAUUUGCAUACUUUGAAUUGUAUUAAUUCAGCUUAAAUAACAUGGAGAAUUUACUUAUGUAUAAUUUUUAGGCUUUAAGAAAAAGGAAUGAAAAAUAAUAAUUUUUAUACGCUAAAUUUUUACGAGUACGCUAGUGUUAAUACUAUGAAAAAAGAUGAAAAAUAUUUUUUAUUUAAUAAAUGUUUUAAAAUAACAUCACUACAUGAUAAAUCAUUUGCGAGACAAAUGUCAAAGCUAAAUAUUUUAUUUACUGUACUUAAGAAAAUAUUUACAUGCAUCAGCGUUAUUUGCGCUGCAUUGCUAUACUCAUCGCUAAGCAAUAAUUAUCCAUGACACGGUUCAAUAGAAACCUAAUGAUACUUACAAAAAAUGAAUAAUAAUAAAUAAUUUACAAAUGAUAAUAAUGUAAUAAGUAUGGCCAGAUAAAAUGCAGGAAUUAAAAUAAUAAUCGCUUUAUACUCUGGAAGUAAUUAAUAAAUUUAAAAUUAAUCUACUUCCGUCAAUCCUCGAUUUAAUCAAUAUUAAUUAUCAUUCGUCAAUUGUCCUCUUGCUUUUAAAUUUAAUUAUUAUUUUAUUACAUACUACUACUUUUCUUAAAUUUUUAUGUACAGUUUACAAUGAUAACCACGUUUUUUAUUUUAUGUUUUUGUUGAAAUAGUGCAUUAACUAAAAAAAAAAAAAAAAAAAAAACUAUGGCCAGUGCAUUUACACUCAUGUAUUGUUAUAAUUAUUACGUCAUAUACCUAAAUAACUUUGCCAAAAAUAGAUUUAGUCUCUUUGUAACAUAGAUAUAGUUAAGGGCAUCAAAUUUUCUUCCAUUUAAAUGUUACUUUUUUUUUUUAACUAUUAAAAAAUUACUUUGAGGACAAUUGAGUUGGAUAACUGAAAUAUUGACUAAAAAAUGAAAGUAAUUAAUAGAUAGACGGAAUAAAUUUAGUAGUAGUUGUUAUCCAUUGAGCCUUAUAAACAAAAAAAAAGUAAAAUAUGUUUAUAUAUUCUAUAUGUAUAAAUUUCUAAUUGAAAGAUUGAAAAAUUUUUUUAAAUAAUUAAAAAAAAAAACAUGAUAGUAUGAUAAAUCUUAAUACAGCCACGAGGAAUGCGUGACUAAAACAAAGUCAAUGAUAAUAAUGAUAAUAAAUAAUGAAGUGAGACAUGAAUUUGAUAAUGGAUUUUUUUGUUUUUAAAAGUAAAAUUAUUGUAAAAAAAAAUCCAUUACUCUUUCGACUCGCGUAAAAUGUGAUUCUUCCGUUGUGCACUUCCUAUUUUAUAAAAUAUUUAUAAAAAAAAAAAUUAAUGAAUUAUUCGAUCGGAUCACUUAAGACACUCGUAACAAUUUUUAUAAACUGAGAUUAAUAUUUUAAAAAAUACAGGAUAUUUUAUAAAAUAAUAAUUAUACAAUAUUUUAAAAUGAUAUAAACUGUUAUAAAUGAAUCGACAACCGCGGCUUUUUUUAUUUUAUAUUGCACGAUACAAAGACCAAAUGGCUAUUUAUGUGUGACUUUGCAAAGAAUGGACAGUUAUUUUGCUAGGCAUUUCAUUAAUAUUAAUAAAUUUUUUUUUGUUUUCAAUUAUUUUAUAAUUUAAUUUAAUUGAGAUUUUCUGUCUGUAGAUUUCGCUCAUAUUAGUUUGUUAUACUGUAGUAUUUACUAUGCGAUUAUUACUAUUAUUUUGAAAAUUUUCUUAAGCUUUUAAGUUUAAGGAAUUAAUAAUAAUUAGGUUUGAGCUCUCUAACUAAUGCUGAAAAUAUUUAGAGAUUAUUUUUUAUAUAUUUAAUAACGUAUCAUUAAUCGAUUGAGUAUUGUUAAUUUUUACUAGUUAUUACUAUUAUUUUAUUGAUAUUAUUAAUUAUAGUAAAAAAAAAAAAAAGAAAACAAACAACAGUUACAGUAAUAACAAGAGAUUGUAAUUAAUUAUUAAUUUAUAAGGAUUAACUGUGCAGAAUCGCCUAGAUUUGUUUGAUAUAAAAUUUGGCUAUUUUUUUUUAGCGGAGGCUUCUAAUAGAUUUUUUUUUACAUCAGUAUUCCACACCUUUUAGUUACUAAGUUUUUAUUUGAAACAAUACUUAAAUGAAUUAAUUUACUUAAUUUUAUUUAUCUAAUUAAUUAAUUAUUAUUAUCAUAGUUUUUUUUACAUCUGUUUUUACAGUCCCUCCGUUUUAUUGUAAUAAUUAUUUUUUUUUAUUAUUAUUUAAACGAUCAUAUGUAACUUAUUUGUGUCUGUUCGCACCAACAUUUGGCAGCAGCGACUGGCUUAAUUUAUUAUUAUACAUUAUAUAUUUUUUUCUAAUUAAAUACGAAUCUCAUUUCAUUGUACGUAUAUUUAAAUCAUUUAUGUCAACAUCAAUUUUGUCAAAUUUUAUUAGAAAUAAAAAUAUUAAAUUUAUACACAACUUAUGUUAUAUGACAUCAAUUUGAACUUAUAAGAAAUAAAAGUAUGGAGAGUGUAUGUAUUUACCGUUCCGCAAAGCAACUGUACAGUUUAUAUUGUAUACUUAAAGACGACUAAAAUUAAAUUAUAAUAUUAAUAUUAUAUUUGUACAUUCAAUUGUUGAAAAAUUUGUGAAAAAAAAAAAAAAAAAAAAAGUCGAAUGCUUUGUAAUAAAUAAUUAGAACUGCUCAUGCAAGUGUUCCGUCCGUCUACGCGAACUCAUGCGUUCGAUUUUUUGAAAACUCAGAUAAUUUGCAUCUAUUAAAAACUCAUAAAUAAAUAAAUGCGUAGACAAUAUAUUUACAAAUAUUUAUGUAAUAUACGAGAACGAUAUUGAUAUUGAAGAUAAAAGAAAUAAAAAAAAAAUACACGCUUUUUUCAGCGAUUUACUCCUCCUAAAUAAUGUUAUGCGCAAGUAUUAAUUAAUCCGAACUAAUUGACUGAGUAUUAUUUUUAUAAAUCAAACUUGUAAUAAAAAUAAUUUAAAAUGCGGCACAGUGAUUAAAUUGUGUCAGAAAAAAAAAAAA